AUGAAGCACCGUACAACAUUUCUAUCUUCAAUGGCGCUACCUGCAAAUGCGAGCUUCCGCCGGUGCGUUGUGUCAGCGUGUACGGCCGGCGCCGUUUUUGCCGCCCCAGUACGUGCGGUAGAUAAGAUGAACGGUGUCGGGAGGCCGCUUCUCUUCCUUUGUGUGAUAGCUGUGACUAUUUUCGCGGCCCGGCAUUUACUGUGGAUGGCUGUAGCUUUGGAUUUUGCGGGCACGGCGUCUUGCCUUCGUCUUGUUGUAGCUCUUGGUAAUAUGGUGCUUUCAGUGUGUUUUUUUUUCUUCACCACCGCGUUCAAUUACGUUCUUGUUUCCACGGUGCUGGCGUAG